CCUUUUCUUAUUUUUCUGUUUUACAACGACAUGUCAAUGUCACCCUUCGUUGCACCUCAAGACAGUCAUCUCUAGUCCAACAGCAUCACAUUUCUUUACUCGUCCUACACUGACGCCUCAACCAACCAACCAAAGUCCCCCACCCGGAAGAAAAAAAAGAAGAAGAAUAAGAAGAAACCAUGGGAAGCAUUGCACCCGAAGACGACUCUCUCCGGGUGGCUAUCAUCGGCGGCGGCAUCGUCGGCCUCGUCCUCGCUGCGGGCCUCGCUCGCCGCCAGGUCAAUGUCCGACUCUUCGAGCAGGCCCAGGGCUUCCGCGAAGUGGGCGCCGGCAUUGCCUUCAACGCGACAGCCAUCCGGAGCAUGGAGCUAAUCGACCCCGGUGUCAUCGGCGCCCUCCGGCUGGCCGGUGCUGUGCCCCUCUCCGCUGCCGACGAGGACGACCCGAACGACUACCUGCGCUGGAUCGACGGAUACAACCAGCGCGACCCCGACAACCCUUACUCCCAGAAGUUUUACUACAAGGCAUGUGCCGGCUACAGGGGGUUCGAGGGAGUCCGUCGCGACCAGUUUCUUGAGGAGCUCGUCAAGCUCUUCCCUCCGGGCGUGAUCCAGUGCGGGAAGCGGCUCGAGAAUAUCGAGCAGAGAGGCAGCGACGACAAGAUGCUGCUGAGCUUCCGAGACGGAACGACCUUCGAGGCCGACGCGGUCAUCGGCUGCGACGGCAUCAAGUCCUCGACCCGAGAGUUCGUCAUCGGCAAGGACAGCCCGGCAGGCGAGCCCAGCUACACGCACAUCAACUCGUAUCGCACCUUGAUCCCUAUGGACAAGGCGAUCGGCGUCCUGGGCGAGUAUAAAGCUCGCAUCUUCCACAACCAUAUUGGGCCGCGGGCCAAUCUGCUUCACUACCCCGUCGCCGAGAGCACCAUGGUCAACGUGACCGCCUUUGUGCACGACCCCGAUGACUGGCCGGCCGGCAAGCCGACGACCCUGAUGGGCUCUCGCGACGACGUGCGCGCCGCCUUCCGGGACUGGAACCCGGCCGUGCGCGACCUCGUGGACUUGUUCCCGGACCAGCUACACAUGUGGGCCGUCUUCGACCUGUGGGAGUACCCGCUGCCCUUCUACAACCGCGGCCGCGUCUGCCUAGCCGGCGACGCCGCCCACGCCACCAGCCCCCACCACGGCGCCGGCGCCGGCAUGGGCAUUGAGGACGCUCUAUGCCUGUCGGUCUUGAUGGGCGAGGUGUUGGCCUCGACCCGCCGCGACCGGGCCGCCAGGGGCGCCGCCCUGACCACCGCAUUCGAUGUCUACGACAAGGUUAGGCGCACCCGGAGCCAGUGGCUUGUCAAUAGUAGUCGGCGGAUGUGCGACCUGCACCACCAGGACGACUGGGCCAAUCCUGCCAAGUGGCUCAAGGCCGAGACCUGCUUCGAGGAGGUCAAGGACCGGUCUCACAAGAUAUGGUACUACGACAUCGCCGGCAUGGUGAUGGACACCAUCGAGACCUUCGGUAAGGCGGCUGAUGGCCGAGUCCAAGAUGCCGUGUUAGCAAAGGACGUGUCAGCAAAGGACGUGUCAGCAAUGGACGUGUCGGUAAAGGACGUGUUGGCAAAGGACGAGUCGAUCAACAGCUUGGCGAUCAACAGCUUGGUGGCUGCGGUUUCGGAAAUCCGAGUCGAUAGUUGA